GAGGACAGAGGCAUCAACUAUCUGCAUGCGAGCGAGGUUGUCUAGUUGGUUUUGGGAGCAUCAGACAGGGCGAAAAGCAAGAAAGAAGCCCCCCCCCCUUUUUGCAAGCGAAACGACGGGGGGCUUAUACCUUGCCAAGGGAUCCGUGUUGGGGGGAGGCCAGUCUUCAUUCAUCUCAUUUGUUGUCUAUAGCAUGGCCCCUAGAGGGUUCGAGUUUUCUGUAUCGAUACCACCCGUUGGAGAGGGGGAAACAGGGAGAAGGAGGCGCGGCGCGUUAAUGGAGAGAUUGGGGGAGAGCUGCAACAAAAAGAUUCACCUGUCCUUCCUUCUCCUGCGUUUGUGUUUUAUUAUUAUUUUGGUUUGGUUUGGCUUGUCUGAUCUAACUAAUGCAUGGUCAACUCAUCAGGGGCAGCGUAAAAAGAAGAAGAAAAGGGGACCCUUGGGAGGACCAUGCUUCCUUUCGGAUAAUCUUAAAGCUUAAAGCGCACAUCUUACACAUCUGCCGAGCAAUCUAGUCUUGGAUCGCCUGCCGUGCCUGCUCGUCGAGUGAAGAAAAUUGGAUCGUGUAAGCCAGAUGGGAUAUCAUCGCAUAGGACGGGCCUCACUCAGCGUCCGGACAAUUGUUGUGAAGGGAAGCUUGGGAGCCGGGCGCGCACGCCGCGCAGGCUCCGCGCGGCUUGCGGACUCUUGACGAGGCCACGUCUGCCUGCCUGCCCCUCCCGGACGUUUUGCAUUUCCCGCAUGGUUGCAGGUCUGACAACAGAGAGCAGCGGUUGAUUGUGUGACGUUCCCGGUCUGGACGCUAGAGUAGAUAAGGCGAUGCUGCAGCACCCAAUCGCAUUUGUCUUUUCCGCACCGGCACUGUCUUUGAGCAGUACCGGGCGACGUCGCCAGUAGCGGUUAGAGAGGGUUGUAGUCCCGGACGAAGG